GGCCGCGCAGGAGUCGACGCGAUGCUGGCGCCUCUAGUGGCGGUUCUGGCGCUCAUCGGCGCGGCGUCGACAUCAGCUCAGGUCCCGCGCAUCGUCGGCGGCACCAACGUGUCGAUCGAAGAGGUCCCGUGGCAGGUGUCCGUCCAGAAAGGAGGCAGUCACUACUGUGGUGGUUCCAUCAUCAGCAAGUCAUGGGUGCUCACCGCAGCCCACUGCAUCUUUGUGACAUACAGUUACCAGAUUCGCGCCGGCACCGCCAACUUGGAACAAGGCCAACUAUACUCUGUCGUAAGGAAAACGAUACACGAGAAGUACAACGUGCUGGCGUACGACUGUGACGUGGCGGUCUUGAAAAUACGAGGAGAGUUUCAGCUGGGAGAGAAAGUCAAGAUAGUGCGUUUGGCGACCUCCCGUCCGCAGGAGGGUGCUUCAGUGCUGGUGUCUGGGUGGGGGGCGACGUCGGAGGGGGGCAGCACAUCGAACUUCCUGCUCGCCACCACUGUGAAGGUGGUAUCCGUGUACAAGUGCCGGAUGUGUUACCCCAGCGUGGGGCUGACGAACGUCAUGAUGUGCGCCGGGGUGCCCGCUGGCGGCAAGGACUCGUGCCAGGGCGACAGCGGCGGCCCCCUCGUCCACGGCAAGAAACUCGUCGGAGUCGUCUCCUUCGGCAAGGGCUGCGCGCGACCUGGCUAUCCGGGCGUCUAUGCGGACGUGGUUUCGCUACGCAAGUGGAUCACCCAAAAAGCCCGCAUCAAGUAACUGUGCAAUGCGGUCCACAUGGCAGUCGCUUUCGAGCACCAGGCGUACUUCCAUAUUACGAAUAUGGUCUUCAGUGUGUCCACAAUAAACAUGUAGGGAGUUACGUGACUUGGAGUGGCAUCGAUGCUGAGAUUGCUGUAGGCAAGCCACAAAAAGGUGGUUUUUACACAUAAAGCACGUGUGGCUUACGCUACGGGUUCCGUGCUGUCGACACCUCGCAUUUGCAAUGCUCACUUUGUAGAGGAUAAUUGGCUGUAACCUGUAUCGAACCGAAAAUUGCUGUUGGCGACUACGUCCGCAAGAUUCUGUAGGACUGGAAAGAAAUGAAUAUGGACCCAAAAUUGUUUUGGAACGUUUGAAGAAUAUAUUCGUCGUAGUUCUACUUCAGUAUCCCCCAUUUUUAUGUCUUACACAUCGCCAUAACUGUUUUUUUUUUUUCUACAUGUUACGAUCAUGCGUUACACUAUUCUAGACAGUGAAUGGUUGCUUUACACUGGUAACACAUCUUUUGUUGAUCACCCCUUGCAACAAACGACGUAUCCCGCUAAUUGAUGAAGUCUAUUAACUAAAAUUCGUUUAAAUUACGCUUACUGAAAAUUUACUUAGUGUAUCAUUUGAUAUCUUGUUUUACUUUCUUUCCUCUAAAUUUAAGCUCAAUAGCUUUACAGUAGGUUUCUCUGCCAUGUUCCACCACAUUCUUCAAAGUCACCACGCAGACUUCAACAUUUAAUCCACUUAAAUAUGCACUUUCGGGUUUCCAGCUUCCACCCUAAGCAAAACUCUGAUCAGUUAUUCGCUACAUGUUGUAUCACGACGUUUUACUGUAUACCAUACUCCUAGUGAUUUGCGAAACAUGUUUCUGUUGAGAAGACUAAUUUCAGAAGUUCAUAAUGUGAUCCAUUUUGCUUUUAAUGCAUUCCUUAGUAACCGACUGUUAGUUUUACAACCUGUAUAAGUCGUGCUUCCGAAAGGGAGUAAAUGUCUGUUCUGUCUGCCAAGAACCCGAACGUUAAUAAAACUCUGGAACUGCUGUUGUGUUACUCUUCCGUGCAGGGAAAAUAAUACUGAGAGAAACCUGUUCAUGCAGUCAGUUUCAGCAUAUACGCAGCCUAAGUAGUUAGUGGUCCAGUCACUUUAUUUGAGUUUUCAGACACUAAUUAUUCGUAAAAGGAAAGCUAGUGCUUGUAUUACUAAAAUAAAAUUUUAUUGCACGUUAUCUUCAAACUGUAUAUAUAAAAAAAAGUACAUAUUGCUGAAUUAUUGCCUCAAAGCUCAUCAGCGCUACGGUUCCUACGCGACCUUACAAUGUUCCUUCCACGUUUCAUUCUGGAUCCUAUACAUAAACCAGAUAAAACAAACACAUCGUAAACUAUGUUUUUCAAAUUUAUAAUUCGUGCCUCGGCGCUACAGCUUUGUUACUGGUGGACAGAAGUAAAUUCGCUGCAAUCGGUGGUGAGGCAAAUAAAUCUUGCACGUUCGCUGAGUACUUGCACCAUUUGCAGCCUUGUACAUACUAGUACGUUUUAUCGAUUAGUUUUCGGAAGUGCUGUCGGAUAAUGAUCGUUUCUUGUACCAUCUGUAACCACAAAACUGUAAUCGAAAAUUCGAUUAACAAUGAAAACUACAUGAAUUGCAACGAUCUCCAUCCUGAUCGGUAUGCACCCCGAGCAAAAUCCAACUCCAGUGACGGUAAUUCUAAGUUUCCUUCAUUCAGUUACUUUGCGA